CUUCCUGGAGACUGGCUGAAUCCGGAAGUGAUCCCAGAGGACCGAGUGGCGGCGGCGGACCCGGGCUGCAGGGCCAGGUUCGGGACCAUGAGCUGGAUUCCUUUCAAGAUUGGGCAGCCCAAGAAACAGAUUGUCCCCAAAACAGUGGAGAGAGACUUUGAGAGGGAGUAUGGAAAACUGCAGCAGCUGGAAGAGCAGACCAGGAGGCUGCAAAAGGACUUGAAGAAGAGCACGGAUGCUGACCUGGCCAUGUCCAAAUCUGCGGUGAAGAUAUCCUUAGACUUGCUCUCCAAUCCCCUCUGUGAACAAGACCAGGAUUUUCUGAACAUGGUGACAGCCCUGGACACAGCCAUGAAACGGAUGGACGCCUUCAACCAGGAAAAGGUGAACCAGAUUCAAAAGACCGUGGUCGAACCCUUGAAAAAGUUUGGAAGUGUCUUCCCGAGCCUCAACAUGGCAGUGAAACGGCGGGAGCAGGCCUUGCAGGACUACAAGAGGCUUCAGGCCAAGGUGGAGAAAUACGAGGAGAAGGAGAAGACGGGGCCAGUGCUGGCCAAACUCCACCAGGCCCGAGAAGAGCUUCGGCCUGUGCGGGAUGACUUCGAGGCCAAGAACAGGCAGCUCCUGGACGAGAUGCCACGGUUCUACAACAGCCGACUCGACUACUUCCAGCCCAGCUUUGAGUCCCUGAUCAGAGCACAGGUCGUGUACUACUCUGAAAUGCACAAGAUCUUUGGAGACCUGACCCAACAGCUUGACCAGCCUGGCCACCCCGACGAGCAGCGGGAGCGGGAGAAUGAAGCUAAACUGAGCGAGCUCAGAGCCCUCUCUAUUGUGGCUGAUGACUGAGUCCUGCCCCUUGGAAGACUCCUGAACAUACCAUCUCUAGUCUUUUCAAGCUUAGGCUCAGGCAUCAGCCAGCGAAAGGCCCUCCCUGAGAGAAGUGUGGGGCUAGUGGCCCCCACCCUACUUCACCAGCCUUUUGGAAUGAGCCUGGCACCUGGAGCCCCAAGCAGGCAACUGUCUCCCCUCCCAUAGCAGGAGCUUGCAGACAGGUAAGCAGCCUAUAAAAACCCAAGGGGCUUUCUUAUUUCCAGAAGAACCAUCCAAAGUGCCUCCUGGCCCAGGGCCAGAACAGGCUCCCAGCCUGCAAAGGGCAUGGGCUCUGUCAGCUCACCUGCAGUCUCCACCUUGUUUGCAUGGUUGGGAUUACAUCUACCUCCAAAAGACCCGUCCUGGGGAGUCCACCCAUCCUGCUGCCCUCCCACAUCUCUCCUUUUCUGGGAGAAGGCCACAGCACUGCUCUGGAGAAUGUGAGUGCUGUGGCCUGCCAGCCAACAGGCCCCUCACUCCAGGCUCCCAGCACAAGGGCUGGCUUAGCCCACUCCUGUCCUUUCAGUCAAGUGCAGGGAAGACCCCUCCCAUCUUGUAGGUUCCCUAAAAAAUGGAUUCAACUCAUGUAAAUGUCCAAUUCACAGGCCUCAAAGCAACAGUGGGUUUCUCUCACCUGAAUAUUUGGAAUUUUAUUUUUUUCAAGUAAAGUUUUCCAAAAAA